GGGGAGGGGACGACGAGGGGCGCAGCCUAGGCCCCCCUCUUCCCGUGGGGCCGGCAGCCGCGACCCCCCGCCCGGGGCGGAAGUGACGAGCCCCGGCUGCCAAAAUGUCGGCGCCCAGAGGGAGCUAGGUGUCCGUGGGACCCGGCGGUGAUGGAGCUCUAUGGCACUGAUCUGCCUGGGGGACUGGGCACCGGCUGGGCAGAGGAGCCUGGGCAGCCCCCGGGCCGGGCGCCUGGCACCAUCGAGCGCAUGAUCCCGUGCUCGGACCCGGAGGACGGCCCCGACGGUCUGGCGCCGACCCCACUGACGGACAACGGGGCGGGCGCCCGGGUGCCCUUCCACUGCUCCGAGUGCGACAAGAGCUUCCGGUACCGCUCGGACCUGCGGCGCCACUUCGCCCGGCACACGGAACUCAAACCCUUCCAGUGCCCGCACUGCAGCAAGAGCUUCAAGCACUCCUUCAACCUGGUCAACCACAUCCGCAGCCACACCGGCGAACGCCCCUACCGCUGCACCGUCUGCCCCAAGGGCUUCCGCGACUCCACCGGCCUGCUCCACCACCAGGUGGUGCACACGGGCGAGAAACCCUACUGCUGCCACGUCUGCGAGCUCCGCUUCUCCUCCCGCAGCAGCCUGGGCCGGCACCUUAAACGCCAGCACCGCCCUCCCCCCGGAGGGGGCGCCCCUGAGCCACCCAGCGCCACCCGCUGCCUGGAGCGCCUGUGCGGCCAGGGGCGGGCGGCCCCCUAUGGCUGCGGGGCCUGCGGGCGCCACUUCCGGCUGGCGCCCGAGCUGGGGAGGCACUGGCUGGCUCACACCGACAUCAAACCCUUCAAGUGCCCCGACUGCGAGCGGGACUUCAACGCCCCCUCCCUGCUGGAGCGCCACAAACUCACCCACGCCAAGGACCGGCCGCUGCUCCUGCCCUGCCAAGGCUGCGCGGGCAAGGGGGCCCCGGGGCAGCAGGCGCCGCAGGGGCCGGGCUGCCCGGCCUGCAAGCCCCAGGACACCCGCCCCCUGGACAGCCUGUACCAGUGCGAGUGUGGCACCUUCUUUGCCAACGCCGGCGCCCUGGCCGCUCACCUGGCGGCCCACACGGGCGAGGCCUCCUUCGCCUGCGGCAUCUGCGGCAUGAGCUUCGGGGCCCUGUCGCCCCUGGAGGCCCACCAGCUGAGCCACGCCAUGCUGCUGCCCCCGGAGGGCGCCCCUCAGCCCGUGGCGGCGGGGCCUGUGCCGCCGGCCGGCGGGGAGCUGGAACGCCACCUGCUGCCCCGGCUGGAGCUGCGGGCUUUCCCCGCCCGGCCCGGCAAGAAGCUGUACAAGUGCACGGAGUGCGAGAAGUUCUUCCGCAGCCCGCGGGACCUGGACCGGCACGUGCUGGUGCACACGGGCGAGAAACCCUACCAGUGCACCGAGUGCGGCAAGUUCUUCCGGCACGAGUGCUACCUGAAACGGCACCGGCUGCUCCACAGCGGGGAGCGCCCCUUCCAGUGCAGCGUCUGCCACAAGGGUUUCAUCACCUUCAGCAACCUCUCCCGCCACCUUAAACUGCACCGUGGCAUCGACUAGCUGGUUGGGGCCCCUGGCAGCCCCGGCCGGCCUGCGCGUCCUGCCUUCCACCUCUGGCUCUCCCUGCUGGCGUAGCCACGGGCCGGCGUGUUCUGCUCGGGUGCCCUCUCGGUGCUGGGCUGCGCACAUCGGUUUGUAAUUGCAGUGUAUUGUAGGGUCACUCAUGAGUGCUGGGCUGCACAGAUUGGUUUGUUAUUGUAGGGUCUCUUGGCAAGUGCCAGUUUGUUAUAGUAGGGUCUCUCUGCAUAUGCCAAUUUGUUUUUGUAGGGUCACUCGAGCACUGGGCUGCACAAAUCGGUUUGUUAUUGUAGGGUCUCAUUGCACGUGCCGGUUUGUUUUUGUAAGGUCACUCAUGAGUGCUGGGCUGCAUAGAUCGGUUUGUUAUUAUAGGGUCUCAUUGCGCACGCUGGUUUGUUUUUGUAGGGUCUAAAUUCAAAUGGCAAUCUAUUGCUGUAGAGUUACUCAUGAGCGUAAGCCAGUUUGGUUAUUGCAGGAUCACUUGUUAGUGCUGGGUUGUACACAAUGGUUUGUUGUUCUAGGGUCUCAUUAUACACGCUGGUUUGUUAUUGUAGGGUCUCACUACAUAUGCUGGCUCGUCAUUGUUCGGUCCCUCUCAAGCUUGGGGCUGCACAGAGAGUUGUUAUUAGGGGCUGGUGGGACUGUGUGGGCCAGUCUGUUCUUGCGGGGUCUUUUGAAAGUGCUCAGGCAGUUGUGCGCCCUAGGCUAGUUAUCAGCCCUGCCUUUGCUUCCGCGGGACAGAAGACCCAGCAGUCACGUAGACGGAAUAUAUCUAGGGAUUCUGCAUUGAGACUACUGACUCCCCCAGCCUGCACCGCCCGGCAUCCCCACUAGGGGUCUCUGGGCCCAGAGGGACCCUGGCACUGCCCCAGCCUGCGCUGCCCGGCAUCCCCACUAGGGGUCUCUGGGCCCAGACUGAGCUUGGCACUGCCCCAGCCUGCACCGCCCGGCAUCCCCACUAGGGGUCUCUGGGCCCAGAGGGACCCUGGCACUGCCCCAGCCUGCGCUGCCCAGCAUCCCCACUAGGGGUCUCUGGGCUCAGAGGGACCCUGGCACUGCUCCAGCCUGUGCUGCCCGGCAUCUCCACUAGGGGUCUCUGUAUAUCCAGGGCCAUAGUGUCUCCUGGACGCUCUCCCUUCCUGCAUUGCUCUGCUCAGUGGUUUUGCCCUGUGUGCCCCCAUCUUUCCCCUGUGACCCCCCUGUCAUGGACCCUCUCAUCAGUUCACACCAGCUGGGGGUUUGGCCCCAUGGACUCAAUGGAGCUACGGCCCAUUGACCCCAGCUGGGGGUCUGGCCUCAUUGACUCAAUGGAGCUGCGGCCAUUGACCCCAGCUAGGGGUCUGGCCCCAUGGACUCAAUGGAGCUGCUGCCAUUGACCCCAGCUGGGGGUCUGGCCCCAUGGACACAAUGGAGCUAUGGCCCAUUGACCCCAGGUUGGGGUCUCGCCCCAUGGACUCAAUGGAGCUAUGGUCCAUUGACACCAGCUAGGGGUCUGGCCCCAUGGACACAAUGGAGCUACGGCCCAUUGACCCCAGGUGGGGGUCUGGCCCCAUGGACUCAGUGGAGCUACGGCCCAUUGACACCAGCUGGGGGUCUAGUCCCAUUGACUCAAUGGAGCUACGUCCGAUUUAUUCCAGUUUAUGAAUCUAUCAUCUAGGGAGAACAGAAUAUUGGAGCCACGAGGGGCAUUUCAAGGCCGUGGCUGAAGGCUGCCUCAGAGACUAGGCGAGGCCUUUAACAUCCAGACUCAGACCCAGUCAGAGCAGAAGGAAUCUCCAGGUUCUUCCCGGCACCGCGGUCCGUGCGACCCCGACCCAGGCAGCCUGAGCUGCCACACUGUCCUCCAGCCCUUGGGGAGGCAUCGGCUUGGAUCCCACCUCUGACACCAAAUCCUGAGUGAUGGCCAAGCCCCCUUCACAUGCACGCACAUCCUAGUCCGCGCCGGCGACUGGAGAACCAGCAAGCCGGGGAGCUUGGCUCCAGCCCUGCCCGUCUCCUCUAAGCCUAGAGCGCGGAGGCUGGAAACAGAAACGACUGCAGGAUGUGGGGGUGUCACACAGGCGCCCCUCCCCCAACCUUCCACGUGCCCUCUCACCCGGCUAUGUCCUUGAAAAGAUGUUUCUCUCCCAUUGCACGCGGUGUGUUAUUGUAGGGUCUCUUGGUUGUGUGCUCCACGCCCUUCGGUUAUUGUAGGGUCUCUAAGAAAUGCCCAAGGUCACGCUUGUUGUUAUAGAUUCUCUCAGGAGUGCUGGGGCUGCACACACCCCUUCGUUAUUGUAGGGUCUCUCAUGUUGCCGAGGGUCACACUUGUUAUUGUAGGGUCAUUUGCAGACAUUGCCAGUUCAGUCCCACAGGGGAACUCCUGUGCUGCAGAUGCUGGUUUAUUAUUGUAGGGUCUCUCAUAAACACAUGGUUGCCCAUACUGGUUUGCAGUUGUGAGAUCUCUGCUGGGCACUAGGCUGCAGCCACUAGGGCUUGUUAUUGUAGGGUCUCCUCAACGCUGGGUCGCACACAGCAGCUUGUUAUUGUGAGGUCUCCCAGGAGUGCAGAUCUGCGGACGCUUUGCUCAGCUGCAGAAGGGUCACGGCGCUGGUUUUGAGGGGAGGGGAGACAUGCCGGAGCCGGAGGUGGGAAGAGAGUGAAUCUCAGAUUUUGGAUUGCCCGGGCCUCCCCUGUCCCUUGGCUGAACGGGGAAUCCCCUGCAUGUGAUAUCCCGCCGUGGCGCCAUCUCUAGUUCCCAAGAGCCAGAGCCCCGGUUUAAAAGAAUCUUUUUUUGGUUUAAAAUAGUUUAGCGUCGUUUUUUUCUCUCCCUUUGUUUGUAAAAAAUCCCCCAAAUUCCCCCGCUGAGAAGCUCGACGCUGAAAAACCAGAAAAUAAAAAACCUCUUUCUCCCUCCUGACCAAAUCCCGGCUUUUAUUUUUUCCGGAUGCCAAAAACUGGCGGGGAGGGUGUGGGGGACGGGGACAGGCCCCAAGAUUGGGCAGGACUCCCUGGGACGUCUGCUGCUUGUUCUUCGGGUCAGCAAAUCCAGUCAGCUCACCCCUUGUCAGAUCACCCCGUUCGAAACUGAUCAAAACCCAUCUUCAAACCAGAGAGGCCGCUUGCCCCCUGCUGCUCCAGGACCUCACUCAGUUUCUGGUUAAAAACUGCCUUUGAAAUGGACCCACGGCCCAUUUGCUUUGGGCCUAUGCUGUCCUGCAGCUUCGCUUGCUCUUCUCCCUGCCUCGUGGCGACAUCCGGCGGUUUAGGCUAAACACGUCGAGCUCUUUCACUCUCUGCUGCUACGAUCAGCUCUCCCGUCGCCCGAUCCGCGUGUGGGUUUUCCGAACAAACCCAACUUCAGUUCGAACAGCAGCUCCUAAAAUGAAA